AUGAAGAAGAUGAGGCAGAUCAUUGUUUCAAGGGCAGCUGGCGUUGAUGGUGACAACUUGGACAAUGGGCAUUAUUGUGCUUCCCAUAUGCGUAGACUUAUUGGUCAUGAGGGUUCAAUAUUUCGCAUUGUUUGGUCUUUGGAUGUCUUGCCUGGGGGAAAGGUACGCGAGGCUUCUGCAUUAGAUGACUGGGUUGCUCUUGGAGAUGGGAAAGGGAAUAUGACACUUGUUCGGGUUAUUGGUGAUAUGUAUAACCCACUUGCGGGAUCAAAUCAAAGUUGGAGAGACAACUUCUUGGGACCUUCUGGUGCAAAUCAUUAG